AGGGCAUGUGCCCCAUUUAUAUAUUCAUUCCUAGAAUUAAGAAAUACAUUGAUCAUUUUAGUUUCUAUUAGAGUAAAGUGUAAUUCAGUGAUUCUGAUUCAAUUUAUAUUUGUAUUUUUAUGUUAAUCAUUUAAAUUCUUUCACAAUAUAAUGAAUAUGUCAUCGGGAACUUUUCAUUUAUCACCUUGUGCACCAAUUACAAAGUUUUUCAAAGAUAAAUCUGUUAAAGAGGUUCGUGAAAACACAUCACAUAUUAAUGCACAUUUGAUCAGUUUUAAAAGAUGGUUACGUUCAAUGCCACACCUUUCUUGUGCAGAUGAUGAUCGAAUAUUCUUGCCAUUUCUACGUCAAGCAAAAUAUAAUCAUUCAGAAGCUCAAAUGCGUUUAGAUAAUUUUAUUACAUUGCGUACAUCACCAGAAAGUCCUGUGGUUAAUUGGUAUGAUCGUUCAACCAUAACUAAUACAAUACUUGAUGAAUAUUUAAACAUGGGCUUUCAUUGUCCAAUUGGAUUCCUUCAUGAUGGGACAUUUUUAUUUCUGAUUCGAAUUGGUUGCUGGAACAAUAAUCGUGUAUCUACCGAGAGUGUACUCAAAUUACUCAUGAUUCAGUUAGAUCGUAUCUUGGAAGAUCCAAGAGUUCAAAUUUGUGGUUUGCGAGUGUUUAUUGAUUUCACCGGUGUCUCACCUUCUCUAUUGGAUACAAUUAAUCCGAAAAAGACCAUUAAAGAUUUAAGUAAAGUAUUACAGGAAGCUUAUCCAUUUCGUAUGAAAGGAAUAAUCUAUUAUAAUGAACCGCCAAUUAUGGAAGUUUUGUUCAAAUUACUAGCACUGUGGUUGAGACCAAAAGUUAGAGAACGGUUUAUAAGAGUAAAAGGUAAUAUAAAGAAAGCCUAUGAAAAAGUACCUGGUCUUGAAAGUGUACUGCCCAGAGAAUAUGGUGGUCAUAAUAGAAGUAUUAAAGACAUUUUAAAAGAACAAAACGCUGAUUUUAAAGAAUACUUUUUAAAAAAUGAAAUAUUAUGGAGAGGAAUGGCAGUCAAUGAAAGAAAACGACCAGAAUCAUCGAAACGAUUAAUAGGUGAAUAUAAAGAAGCUGAAGAUAGAUCAAUGGGUACAACUGGAACAUUUAUUCCAUUACCCGUGAAUGACUAAUUUCUGAAUUCAUGUCGGAUUACAUUUAGACGAUAUAUUUUUUCUAUAAUAUCGAAACCAACAACAGUCAAAAUAGAUGUAAAUUUGUACAAUUUAAUAAAAUGAAAGCAAUUAGUGAUUACUUAUUAUUAUUAUUAUUUUUAUUAUUAUUAUGGUGAAAUAGAAAGUACAAAAGUUUCG